AUGUGCAGCACAUUGUUGGAUCCGACAAAUAUCGCAAAGCUUAAUCUAGCGGGUUUGGGAAUUGUGCCGGAGGAGCUAACUGAGGAUAGUUUUGAAACUUGGAAAAAUUGCUUGAAAAAUUAUUUCGUAGGGAAUGGGCUUUGGGAUGUUGUCUCUGGGGAGACUAAACCAGAUAAGAAAAAUCACAAAGAGCGUGAAGAAUGGAAGAAAAAGAACGCUUUGGCUCUGCAUGCAAUUCAACUUUCAUGUGGAUCAGCAAUAUACUCUAAGUUUAAAGAACACAUUUCUGCUCACCAUGUAUGGACUCAUUUGACUGAGAGAGAUUGGGGACGUGUGCAACAACCACUGCCAACCUCAGAUCAGGACGAAGAAAGUCAUGUCGAAGAUAAUGGUUCGAGAAAGUACCUUGAUUAUGAGCUCUUAUACAAGGCAGUUGAAGAAGGUAAGUGGCAUACUAUAGAAGCUAUCCUUCACGAGCAUCAAGAUGCCAUUAGGGAAAAAAUAUCAUCACACAAAGAUACAGCUCUGCACAUUGCAGUUUUGUCUGGACAUACUGAAAUUGCAGAAAAACUUGUAAAACGGAUGGAGCCAGGCGACUUAGAACUGAAAAAUGAAUUUGGAGCUACUGCUUUAUCUCUUGCUGCAAUUUGUGGUGCGAAGAAACUGGCCAAGGAAAUGGUACGUAAGAACAAAAAAUUAGUUACAAUACAAACUGCAGAUCAUGAAGAUGGGCAUCUUCCUGUGAUUGCGGCUGCAUUGUAUGGACAAAAGGAAAUGUUCGAGUACGUCGCUGUUGAUGUUCUUAGGAAUUCUUACGGCGCGUUAUGCAGAAGAAGAUUUUCUCAAGUCCCUACCGAUGAAAUUAAUAUUUGGAUUGACGUGUUUGUUCUUUUCAAUCGUUACCAUGAUGGCAUCCUUUGGUUCUGCAUUGUAUUUGAUUCUGCAUGA